AUGCAAAAUCAUAAGAUUGCAACUAAUAAUGAUGAAUCUAAUUGUGAAGAAAGACAACUUGUAGAUCAGUCUAAGAAUAAUGAAUAACAAUAAGAAAUUUCAAGAAUUAGUGAUUCUAUAUUGAACGCUAUAAAUUUGAAUGAGUAUGAUUAUUACAAUUAUCCACCAAAAUUGGAACAAGCUGAAAUACAUCGAUAAGCAUAUUAUCUUUGUCCAGAUUAAUAUGUACUCAAUAAUUAUCCAAAAGACUAUUGCGAAUGCUGCAAGUACAAUAUAUAUAUUUUAUUAAUCAUUAGUAAAAAAUUCCAUCGAUAACCUUUUAAUUGGGUAUUUGGAGAUUUAUAUGAAGCAACUGUUGACGAAUAUGGUUUAGCAGCACCUCUUUAUUUUACUAUUAUCAAAUUCUAACUUAUAAUUUUCAUAAUAGUGUUUUGUAUCUAUGGAAUAUUUUUCAUAAGUGAAAUUCAUCGAAUAUGCAAUUCCAACCCUUAAUUAAAUUGUCAUAUAGAGAAUAAUGAUUUGUGUAGAACUUGUGAAUUUUAGUAUUCAUAUGGGUUUAUUGAUAUUGUGACAAUUCAGGAAUAUUUGCAUUAAGAGAAAGGUUCAAAUUACUAAUGGUUUUAAGUAUCAGCAUUUUUAAUAUUUCUAAUAAAUCUUCACUUACCAUUUUUUUAUGAUCUACUUAUCACUUAUAUGUAAGUAUUCAUAUUAUACAUAAGAUAAUUUAAGUAUUGGAAUAGGGAUCCUUAUAAUUAAUAAAAUGAGACUAUCACUUCAAUAUAUAUCAGAGGAAUGAGUUCUAAACUUACAGAAAAAGAAAUUUUAAAUCUCAUAAAAGAAAGCAUGUAAAGAAACAACAAUUAGAUAAUAUCUUCUUAAAAUAAGUAAUAAUUUAAUUGAUUUNAUACUUAAAAGGAGGCUUUUGCAAAAGAUCCAAAUUAUCAUUAACAAUAGUAACACUGCUCAUUACUGUUUUUGUAAAAGAUUGCUAUGUAUAUGUUUCUUAUUUAAAUGUUCUUCGAAUUAGGUAACCUCUCCAAUAUUUUUAAAUUAUUGUUGCCAUUUUAUGCUUUCCAACCUAGGUUUUAUCCAGAUUGGAUUAGCAUGUUGGGAUUGUGAUGCAUUCUUCAAUUUGAAACGAUUGUACAUCUCUUUCAUAAUUUCUUUUUUCACAGUUACAUUGAGAGCAUGA